GAAACUUACCCAUUAUUGAUUAUACAUUUGAACUGAAACCUUUCAGGGUGUUACUUAUGUUUGAGUGUUUUUUGAGCCAAGUAUUUUUUGUUUCAUUCUAUUAAUUUUCUGCUGGUAAUCAAGGAUAUUUUAAAUGCAGUCGAAUUGGUUUUAUUAUUAAUAAUGGAGAGUAAAGCUUUAAUAUGUCAAUAUGUUCCUACAAAAUCGGAACCGGAUUUAGAACUUAAGGUAGAAUUUUCAAAUGAUCAAGAUCACAACUUAGUCUCUUCUGAUAAAGAGGAUAAAGAAGAUGAAUAUUGUAUUUCAAAUGUUGAAAUGUGCCAAGUUUGGAUUAAAGAGGAACCUGGAAUUGAAUGGUUACCUGAAGAUACUGAAUCUGAUCCUGAUUUCCAGGGAAGAUUUAUUUGCUACCACUGUGGAGUGAGCAGCAAAAAAAAACGUUGGCUGAAAACUCAUAUUAAGGAUGUACACAUCAAAUUUUAUGUUGAACCGAAAAUGAUGUUUGAUUUGCAUAUAAAAUGUUCUAGUGAUCCAAAAGUUGUUUUUGAAAAAAAAGAACAUAAUUUAUUUGACUGUCCAUAUUGUGAUUUUACUGCAGCUGAUUCUGUUCUUAUAAAAUCGCACUUACUAUCAAUUCACCGUGGUCUAAGACCACAAAAGUGCCUACAUUGUGGACAUAUUGCUAAUGCUGCUCAUUGUUUUAGAAAUCACAUGUUAACAGAACAUAAUGAUUUUACACAUUAUCAAUGCCCUCAAUGUGUUUAUCUUACCUCUAAUCCUCUUCAUUUGAAACACCAUAUAAUGUUAAAACAUUUUAUUGAAACACCCUUUCAGUGUCCAUUUUGUGACUAUCAAACGAAAUUAUCAAGCCAUUUAAAAUUGCAUAUUAAUGCAAGACAUAGUAAUGGAAUAACUUACAAUUGCCCAUAUUGUGAUUACAAAUGUAAUCAAACCAAACAUUAUCAAAUUCAUGUCAUAAACAAACAUUCAACAGUAAAACCCCACCAGUGCUCACACUGUUCCUAUAGCUCAGCUAGAUCUAGUGACUUAAGGCGUCAUGUAUUAGCAAAACAUACCAAUCUGUAUCGAUACCAGUGUUUAUAUUGCCCUUAUAGAACAGUAGAUGCUGGAAACUUUAAGAAGCACAUUGUUAGGUUGCAUGGUGAUAUCAAUCCUGGUUAAGUUACUAAAUAUUCACGUAAAUUAUUUAACAUUUAGAAGUUCCCAAAUGUGAGUGAGUAACUGCUUUUUGAUGAGUGUUAUAUAUAUUUUAACAAACGGAGUGUUGUGGAAGUAACUGUUUACGUUAUUUUAUUUUUAAUACUCUGUGCUUCACUUAAAUUAAAUUUAAAAUGUUUAGUUGAUGGAUCUGAAGUUGACUAAGACCUUUUUAUUAUUGGUUAGUUCUGCUCUUCUAGUAACAGGAAAUAUUAAUUUAAAAACAAAAACUUAAAAGAACUGGUCUGGUAAGUAUUGAAACUUUAUUUUAUUAUAAAAUAAAUGUCAAAACCAAAUGAUGGUUAAUUUAACUUGAUUUUCUAUUACUAUGGGCUCCUCAAAAUGUGAAUGCGCAAAAGUUUUGCUGUCAUGCCCAUAAGCUCCUCAUUUGAAACGAUCUUUGUCUCCUAUUUUGUAACUAGCGUUCUCAAUUGAAAUUGAGAUCCCAGUUAGUUGGGAUUGUUAUUGGUUACUACCUUAGAUCACGAAUGUCAGACUCAUGCUCGUUCUGGAGAUAAACAAACUCUUAAGGGUACUUUUCAUGUGAGAUGGGACUGCUCCAUGUGUUCUUGAUGUAGAGAUGGAUCUUAUUAGACUUUGGUGAUUAUCAUAAUAAUAACAAUAAAUCAAGCAGCGUGAAAAACUGUUCAGGAUUUAUUGGAAUUUAGAAGCAUGUGGCUUCUACACCUUGAAAGCAUUGCAUAUCUGUGAUAUUUUUAUUAUAAAUAAAUUGAAAAUUUAUAGGAAAUAUAUAGAUAAAAGGUUUUAAUUUUAAUAUUAGAUUAUUUAUUUCUCUAUUAUUGUAAAAGAAAUAUUGGUAUAUUAUUGUAAACGAAAUAUUGGUAUAAUAUUGAACAGUUGUUAUUGACUAUAUAGUUGAAACUAAUUAUUUUUUUUAAUAUUAAUUGGUAACAAGUAAAAUUAAAAUUAAAUUGAAAUAGGUGGGUUCCAAACCCUUUUAGGUGGGAUUCUCAAAUGUAUGUUGCUGAAACCUAUACCUCAAACUGCUUGGGUACACUUCCUUUUGAUGAAUAUAUUAAAUGAAACUUACCAUAUGCGACUCACAUAAGAAUGAUUACAGAUUAUAUUGGAAACUGUUAAGAGGAUAGCUUUCUGACCACGCGCAAUUUGAGGAGCCUAUGGCUACCCAAAUUUCCAGUGGUUAUAUCGUUUUAUUGAAACUAUUGGCUUUAUGAAUAAUUUGGUGUAAUAGAUUCCUAUUGUAAAAGUGUUUAUAAUGAAAAUGUUAUUUAAAAAAUAGUUGUAAUAACUUCAAAAUAAAGUAAUUUGAACAGAUUUGUUUGUUAUCUGUGAUAUUCCAUGUUAUUC